AAAGUUGCUAAAAGUAAGCCAUUAAUUGAAAACAUUAACCAUGAUUAUAACCGAAAUCAUUAGAAAAGGAUAAAAACUUAAGUAUUUGUACAAUGGCAUAAAACUGAAUGCGAUUGUAAAGUGGUAAUGUUGUAAGAAUAUUCAGCAGUUAUAAAAAGUGGUCAUUAAGAUAAAGAUGAAUAUAUUGAUGAUGUGAUACAGAGAACUGUUCAUAUGUGAAAGAAGAAAAGACACGAAAGAAAUUAUAUAUCGGAUGUAGAAGAAGUAUAGAAGAAAAAAUUAUUCAAACACACACAAGUGCAGUGGAUAUAAAAAAAACCAGCGGAAAAAAUAAGAAGUCAUUAUACAAGAAUAUAUCAGUGGAGAGAUAGAAUAAAAUAAGAAGUUGUGUAAAUAUACAAGAGAAAGAUCUGAAUUGAAAGUCAAGAAAAAAAAAAGAAAGAAAGAAAAAAUAUUGAGAAGAAAGAAAUAUUUCAAAUAAAAGAAUUUUUCUUAUGGUGACGAAGGUAGUUCUGAAUAAGAAGUGAAUUUUUUGAAUUUAUUUUCCAUUUGAUGUAAGCAAGGGAAAAACACUCUGAUGUCUCAUGUAAAUGCUUUUGAGUGCGGCAAAGAAGAAAAAAAGUAAAAAAUAAUAAAAAGAAACGAAAUUGAGGUUUUUACUCAAGAUACAAAAAAAAUUCUUUGUAUAUAAACGUCUUGUGAGCUUUUUUUUUCCUUGGAAUACAGUUAAGGAGUAUCUUUGGGAAUAAAACGAGCGAAAAAGAUAUACGAUGAUGAAAUGGUUCUUCUUUUCCACGGAUAUAUUCUAAUGCAAUAUAGACAGCAAUAAUAAAUUGCUUUCCAUGUACUUCGGGUCGUCGUUCUUUGAAGCAUCAAACAGACAAGAACAGACAAAGAACAUACACACUGAUGUGGUGAGAAUCCAAACCGCUUGAUGUUGUGCUACAGUAAUUGAGUUGUAAAACGGAACAAUCAACUUCAAGGAGACAUCGAAAAGGAAACCAACAGGGAGAGAAAGAAGGAAAGAAAGAGAAGCUUUUAAAAAUUUUAACACAAAACAAACAACAUCAAAAUGAUUCAACACAGGAAAAUUUUAUUGCUUUUAUUGCUGACUGCUUUAUUUGCCAUCAAGAAUUCAUUGGGUAAUGUGAAUCUGCCGCCUGUUUUCACACAGGAUAUGAAUAAUUUAGCGCUCUCUGAGACAACGCCACUUCAUUCAAUAGUUUAUACGCUUGAGGGUUACGAUCCAGAAGGUGGAAAUGUUACCUUCGGACUGAUAGGUACAGAAAACUUUGAAGUUAAUCCUAUAACAGGUGACGUUCAGCUGACAAAGCAACUAGAUAGAGAGACACAGGACACAUUAUCAUUUUUAGUAUCUAUAAAAGACAAAGUUAAUGAAUCGGGUGACUCCGAAAACGAUAACUUCGUACAAGUGCCAAUCACUAUAAUUAUUCUCGAUGAGAAUGAUAAUCCGCCAGAGUUUCAAAAUGUGCCAUACGAGACUAUCGUCCUCGAGGAUGCCGCCAUUGGUACAACCGUAUUUGAUAAAAUAUUAAUUACCGAUCGAGAUGCUGUCGGUGAGAAUUUGGACGUGACUUGCAUCGGUGAGAGUCAACACGAUGACGCUUGCAAUAAGUUUGAAAUUAAAGUUCUUGAGAGUCACCAAGAUCGUUUAAAGGCAGCGAUAGUGUUAAAAGAAAAAUUAGAUUAUAAUGAAAAUAUGAUUUUUAACAUUCCUUUAUUAACAACCGAUGGACUUUUUAACACAACAACGAGUAUGGAAGUGAGAGUUGUUGACGUACAAAACACUCCCCCAAUAUUUCAAGGCUCACUGUCUACAAUCAUUAGUGAAGAUAGUCCAAUUGGUACUCUUGUGUUAACGCUUCAAGCAAGAGACGGUGACAAAGGCGCACCAAGGAAAAUAGUUUAUGACAUUAUGUCGAAUCCCAUGGAUUAUUUCCUUGUUGAUUCGAAGAGCGGCGAGUUGAGAACAGCAAAACCAUUAGACAAGGAAGAACUGCCGGAAGCAAGUGGCAUAAUUACGUUAAUCAUAAGAGCGAGAGAAGUUGUUGAUGGCGUUCCAAGUAACGAUGUUUCUGCUUCAACUACGACUAAAGUGUCGAUAACAAUACGUGAUGUGAAUGACGUUCCACCUACGUUUAAUCAGAAAGAAUAUUUCGUCACAAUACCUGAGAAUACUGCCGUGGGCACUCCAUUACCUUUAAAUAUCGUCGUUGAUGAUCCGGAUGUUGGACAAAAUUCCGUUUUUUUACUUCGUCUUGAUGACUCAAUUGUGUCGGAAGUGUUUGAUAUUGAGCCAAAAUUAGUGACUGGAACAUCGCAAGUCAGCAUACGAGUUGCAAAUGGUUCCCUUGAUUACGAGAACGUGAAUCAGCGGAAGUUUAUUGUGCUGAUUUAUGCUGAAGAAACAUUAACAAACCCAAAGUUGUCAUCGACAGCAACAUUGACAGUUUCAAUAACUGACGUGAACGACAAUUUUCCGCAAUUUGAUCAAGAAUCGUACACUGCGACAGUUUCGGAAAUUGCAAGUCCUGGUCAGUUUGUCACUGCUAUAACAGCAACUGAUGUUGAUUCUGGUGUUUUUGGAGAUCAGGGAAUUCGAUAUAUGUUGAAUGGAACUGACGCUGAGUUGUUCAAAGUCGACCCUUUAACCGGAACAAUAACAGUCGCUGAAUGUCCGAGACAUGUUAGUUCCAAACGAAAACGUCGACAAACUAACGACCUAGAAUAUCAUAAUCAUAUCAAACGUGUCAAUGUUACAAAUCCCGGAGAGUUUGGCAUUUUAAACAUCAAUGUUGACCAUCAUACGACAGAAGCGAGUGAUUACAUCACAUAUCAAGUUGAAACACAAGAUGAGAGUGAAUCGACAAAGAAUGAUAGUCCACGUAUUGGAAAGUAUCCUUGUCUUGACUAUGAAACCCAAACUGAUUAUUAUCUCAACUAUCGAGCUAUCGAUAAUGAAGGCAAAGGCCAGAUGUCGGUAACGUCGUUGAGAAUUUCUGUCAUUGAUGCAAAUGACUCACCACCAAAGUGUGAAAGCUCAAUCUACCGUGCAACGUUAGAUGAAGGAGCGACAUCAUUCGAUGGUUCAGGAUUAACCAUCAAAGCCAGAGACGAUGAUGUUUUAUCGGAAAUUACCUAUCAAAUCAUUGGAAACGACAUCGUUUCUCAAAGUUUUGAAGUUGAUAAACGGACGGGACAAUUGUUCAUAAAGAAAGGAACGAGCUUAGAUGUCAAUCAUUUGAAUGGUGAAAGCAUUGUUUUCAGUGUCGAGGCUUCGGAUGGAUUAUUUUCGACAUUAUGUGAUGUUAAUAUAACUUUGAGAGAUGUCAAUAAUCAUGCACCAAUGUUUAGUCAAAGUCAUUACAUCACAUCGUUGGAAGAGAAUCUCCCAAUAGGAACUCAAGUCGGGGAACUCAAUGCUACCGACCUCGAUACUGGCGAAAAUGCAGAAAUUGUUUAUCGUAUUCAGCACGGAAGUUUCAAUGAUUUCCACGUAGACAAUCGAACUGGUGUGAUAACCAUAGCGAAGCCAUUGGAUUAUGAUGUUCGUCCAAACUAUACAUUAGAGAUUAUUGCAUCAGAUAAGGGCAUACCGAGCUUGUCAGGAACAGCAACGAUGACAAUCAAUGUUAUCAACAGUAACGACAAAGCUCCAUAUUUCACGCCAACAACUCAACGUGCAGAAAUCAGUGAAGAUGCCGAAGUUGGCACAUUCGUACAUAAGUUGACAGCAAACGAUCCUGACAUCACAUCAGUCGACCUCCUAGAGUUUUCAUGGAAUGAGAACUUAACGACAGCUGUGAAUGAAGAUGGCGAAGAAGUUCCAACGUCCAAUGUGUUUGGCGAGUAUUUUGCGAUCGACAAGACUGGCAGCGUGACAGUCAAUAAAAAGCUCCGUCGUGAUUUAUUUGCGGUGAUACGAUUAACUGUUUUUGUAACUGAUACAACAGCUCCAGUGCUACAACAGGGUCGAGGGCUUCUGAUAAUUACGAUAAUUGACAUCAAUGAACAGCCUCCGAUUUUCCAAUCGCCGUGGUCAAUCAAUUCACCAAAGUACGAAUUUGAAUUUAUGGAGGAACAACCGCUCAAAACAAUUUUAACAACGUUGCAUGCAACAGAUGCCGAUUCAACAAUAUCUGAAUAUAAAUUAAUUAAUGGUUCUGAUGGUGAUAACGGAAGUGAAUAUUUUGAGAUCAAUAACGUCACUGGCGUUAUUCGCACCAAAUCACGAAUCGAUUACGAGACAGUUAAGAUGAUAAAAUUCAACGUCACCGUAACGGAUACGGGCAUCCCACAAUUAACAUCAUCAGCUCAAAUUUACGUGAAAAUUAUUAAUAUUAACGAUAACGCACCACAAUUCAACGAGACCGAGUAUAAUUUAAAUGUUAAUGAGAAUGCCAUAAAGCGAACGUCGAUUGGCUCUGUCUAUGCACAUGAUGCAGAUGAAGGUGAUUUCGGAACGAUUAAAUAUUCAUUAUUGGGAGAACAGAGUCAAUAUUUUGAAAUCGAUGAAAAGAGUGGCGAGAUUUUCGUUGCUGAUUCAACAGAAUUGGACAGAGAGAAGCAUUCAGAGAUUGUUUUGUCUGCUGUUGCUACAGAUCAAGGCUUGCCGAUUGAAGGACGUCGUUCGACAACGACAAAUGUGGUUGUGAAGAUUUGGGAUGUGAAUGAUAAUUUGCCAGAGUUUAGACAAAAAAGUUAUUACGCAAGUAUUGCUGAAAACUUGUCACUCAAUCCACCAGCAACAAUUCUACAAGUUCAAGCAGAUGACAAAGAUCAAGAUGAAGCUGGAACUGUCAAAUAUUCGAUUCUGUCUGGAAACGUUGACAACUCUUUCAAACUUGAUGCAAAUUCUGGAAUUUUAUAUCCAGCAACUUCGUUGAUAGGUCGAAAAGGGCAAUACAUCUUGAAAGUUGAAGCUCGUGAUGGGAUUGGCUUCGGUCCACACACUGCAACAACUGAAAUUGUUAUUGAUGUCAUUGAAGUCAAUCAACAUCGGCCCGUAUUCAUUAUGCCAGCAUUGUCAAACGCAACGGUUGAGAUUCAAGAACAUCUCGCUGUCAAAGACUAUCUUGUAUUGACGGUAAAAGCCAAUGACAGUGAUAGCGGAGAAAAUGGUAAAAUUUCAUAUCAUUUACAAGUAAAUAACGAAAACGUGCCGGAAACAGAAACAUUCGAAAUCAAUGAAAUGAAUGGCGAGUUGAGAUUGAAACAGAAACUCGAUCGAAAGAAGAAGUCACGUUAUGAGAUAAUUCUUGUCGCACGGGAUCAUGGCGUGCCAACAAAUUUCGAGCAAUUGAGAUUUUUAACCAUUCUUCUUGUUGAUAACAAUGAGGGGAACCCAGAAUUUCCGGACGCUAGCAAUCCAUAUAAAUUUUCUGUUACGGAAAAUGGUGAACGUGAUGUUCGCAUUGGCAAGAUUCAAGCGUUGGUUCACGAAUCAGGUCGUGAGAGAGAGAACCACCAUGCAAUUUUCUACUAUAUCUUAUUAGGCAACGAGGAAGGAGCUUUCUACAUCGACAAGACUAGUGGUGAUGUGUUCACUAACAAGUCGCUAGACCGUGAAACUGUCGAUAUGUAUGCACUUUACAUUCUUGCCAGUAAGAAGUCGGAUUUGCACAUCAGCGAGAGCGAACUCAUGUUUUUAUCAAUGGAAAGUCUUGAAAGAAAUAGCACAAUAGCAAAAGUUUGGAUCUCUGUGUUAGAUGAGAACGACAAUGCGCCAGAAUUCAGUCAAGAUAGUUAUUAUGCGGGAGUAAGUAAGAAGUCGGGAAUGAAUGAACUAAUUGCUUUGAUAAAUGCAACAGAUAAGGAUUUUGGAGUGAAUGCCACAAUAGAAUUGCUAAUUACAGCGUCGUACUUGUAUAAAUACGGAGCGACUCGUUCAACAGGUUCACUUGCAAACUCUCCAUUCGCGAUUUCACAAGAUGGGCGUUUGACAACAAAUGCUUUCAUGGCUGAAUAUAAUCAAGAUAGAUUCGAACUUGAGAUUCAAGCUAAAGAAACUCAGUCACCUGAAAGGACGACAACAGCUAAAGUUUACAUUUGGAUUUAUGAGCCUGAACAAUUGGUACGCGUAAUUCUAUCACGAUCACCAUCGGAAGUGCAAAAUGAACGUGAUGAAAUCAUGAUUGAGCUGACAAAUGUCACUAAAAAGCACAUCAUUAUUGAUGACAUUCGAUAUCAUGUUGAUGGCGUUGGAAGAAUACGAAUGGACUGGACUGAUUUAUUCUUUCAUGCUGUCGAUCCAAAAACCAAAAACAUUGUUCCGGUAUUUGACAUUCUCAAUGAAAUCGAUUCAAAAUAUGAUUUUCUAAAGGAUUAUUAUAGCGGUUUCGCUAUUGAGAACGUUAUACCAGCUUAUUCUGUGAGCUUUCAAGAGGAGUUCGAUAUUGCUUUAGCAGCUAUUAUUGCUCUCCUUAUUGUACUAUUUGUUGGUGCGAUAAGCUUCAUAGUUCUUUGUUGUUGCCUUAAGAACUGGGUAAUUUCGAUUCCAACAGAGACGAGACGGAAGGAUGCUCUGAUAAAGAAGCAAAUUAUUGAAGACUUGAAUACGACAGAAAAUCCUUUAUGGAUUGAACAAAAACUUAAAAUUUAUGAAGAACAAGAACUGACAAUGAAAAUUUUUGCUGAGCCAAGUGAAUUUCAACUUCCGCCUGACAAUUCAUCACUUCGACAACAAAACUCAAUUACGCAGAACCUUUUAGGGAUGGAAACACCGCCAGCGCCUCUUCUCAUAGAUUCGUUUGGUGGGUUUGGAAGCAGCGAUGCUGGAGGGGAUUUAGACAAUAAUUAUGCAACGAUACAGCCAAUUAAUUAUUCCAAUAACAACAGCAGUUCAACUGCCAAUAAUAGUAGAAGCACCAACAAUACUGUUAAUUUAAUUGACGCCGAUUAUCAGACGUUGAGAAGCUCUCCUCGGGCACCACCAAUUUUCGAAUUCAGCGGAUCGACGUUUCAAGUACAACAAAGCGAUCAAUCGUCAGAUUACAUCGGAGAAUUGAUGUAGACGAGAUGAAGUGAUGAAGGAGUGCCGUCAAACGGAAAGAGUUGUCGUAUUAACGUGAAUUAUUGCAAGAGAAAAUGUUUUAAAAUGAAGCGAAUUUUGUAAAUUGAAAAAGAUCGAAGACAAUAACUUAGAUGAAAUUAAUUAAUUUAUUUAUCUUUUCCUGUUUUAUGAAUUUAUCGACAAAGAAAUUUUUCGUGGCUUUCUAAAAGGAGAAUCUCGUUUGAAAAUAUUUAAACAUUUUCUCGUUGUGAAUGGAGGGAAAAGGGUUUCAAAGUGAUUUGAAUGGCUUUUCUCUUAGUAGAAAAGAAAAUUUCUGUAACAAUGGUGUAGAGAAAAGGGAUCGACCGCGAUACCAAAAAAAAAUGAAAAAAAAAAUUGUGAACUGGAAAGUUGUAGUGGAAUUUAUUAUUUUUUGUUUCGUUUUAUGUUUUUGUUAUUUCAGGAAUUGAAAUUUAAGAAAAUGACUGCGGGAAUAAUGAAACCCAAAUCUAGAUUGGCAUGUUAAUUUAGGAAAAUUUUAGAACUUAUUUAAGGGAAACAAGCAUUCUGAUAAUCUAGAUUUGGAUUCCUUCUAAACUAAGAAAAGUUUUAAUGUUUAUUAAACAAUUGUAGAAUGAAUCCGCAUCUGUUGAAAUGUGGUGACAAAAAAUGAAUGAAAAGAUUUUUGUUUGAAGUAUUUAAACUACAGAAAAAGAUGUUCUUUUCGCAGUCAGGGUAUCAAGUUGAUGUAAAUGUAAUUUAUUUAUUCACAUGAAGAUAGAAUGAAGCUUAAGUAAACAAAAAUUAUGUUAAUUUUUCAAUCUUAAUAUUAAAUAGUAAAAAGGAUGUAUUAGAUAAUUAUUUUUAUGAACGAAAA